AUGUUCGUGCUUUCCAUCAUCAAGGACACUGUCGCAGUGCACCCGCAGUACUUCGGCGCGCCGCCAGAACAAGCGAUCAUAAACGAGCUGAACAAAAAGUACGCGAAUCGCGUCCUGCACGACGUCGGGCUGUGUAUAUGCGUGUUCGACCUCUCGGAGGUCGGCGAGGGAAAGGUCAGGUAUGGAGAUGGAUUCUUGUGGUACAAAGUGGUGUUCCGCUUGACCGUCUUUCGGCCGUUCCCCUCGGAGACUAUCCUUGCGAAGGUCAAGUCGUCAGAUGAAGAAGGCAUACGAUUAACCGUCGGCUUCUUCGACGACAUGUACAUCCCCCUUGUAUACCUCCCAGAACCAUCCGCAUUCGACCCAAACGAACGCGCCCACUUCUGGCUCCCCAACUCCGAAGCCACCUCCGCACAUGAGCUGCUCGACUCCCCGACCACCGAGCGGAUGUACAUCGACACGGGCGAGAUCGUCCGCGUGCGCAUCGAGGAUGAUGAAUUCUACGACGACGAGCCCGGCCCGCCCAAGGCGACGGAGGGCGUGCAGCAGGCACGGGAGCAUCGGCGGUCGCCGUACACUAUCAAGUGCUCGAUUGCAGAACAGGGACUGGGGCCUGUGUCGUGGUGGAAAGCCGGCGCGGACGCCAUGGACGAAGGAUAG